AUGCUCAAACUCAAACUUUAUAUUGAGAUACUUGCAAGUUUACUUACUAUUCAGCAAAAGAAAGAUGCAGUCACAGAUGAAAAAUGUCUAAAAGCAAUUAUGAUUACUGAGGAUGACAUUAUUUACCCAACAAUGAGCAUCCUUCGGGAUGCUUUACUAAAAGAAUUUGAUAAAGAUAUUAGUGGUAGUUCUAUUGAUGAAUUAACAGAUCUUAAUUCUAGUUUAACAAGUAGAUUUGAUGAUAAGGAGGUAUUGGAUGAGAAUGAAGAUGCAGAACAAUUCAAUUGUCUAGCUGUUAUAACCGAUUUGAGUACUAUAUUAACAUGCCAAGAUUAUCUUAAGUUGGAAUAUGACCAAAUAAUAAAUGAUGAAAAUUUAGAAUCAUUAUCAAAUGAAGUAAUGUUUGAUCUGUCUGAAUCAUUUAUAUCAACAGUUUUUAUAACAGUUCAAAAAAAUUUGAUAUACAAAAAUGAGGUUAAUCAAUAUCUUAUUAUGGAAAUGAUUGGACCUUUGGACAAUCCUUUACAGUAG